GGCAUAAUGAGGCAACUUUGGCAACAGAUAUCUCCAUUGACCACCUGUGGACUUAUUCUUUUCCUCUCUUUGGCACCAGUAUCGUCAAGAUUGGACUUCAGAAAAUCGGGGGGACCAAUCAAACAAAUUCUAAUAAUAAAUAAAUCAUAUGAGUUCCAAUGCACUGCAACGGGAACACCCAGUGAACUUGCUGGUGUUACCAUCAGGUGGAAAGGACCAGAUGACAAACGUAUCCCAGGAAAUGAUAAAUAUGGAAGUAUUAGAGUGGAGAAUAGAACAGGAAAUGUGAGAAGUAUUUUGAAGGUGUCAAAGCUACCCACAGAUUAUCCAUCAUCUGGGAAAUUAUUAUAUUAUGUAUGUGAAUUACAACCAGAUCAACUUAAUUUUCCUGUCUACAUUUUGAAAGAGAAAGCAGUUCCAAAGAUACACCCAAUUCAACUAAAUCAGACAAAGUUCAAAGAAACAGUUCUUUUGAAAUGUGAUGCGUCAUAUGAAAAUGGAAACUUUGCAACAGCACACAAAUUCAGUGUUAUUUUGCAAUGGAUGAAAGGUGGCAAAAUCCUGGCAAACAAAGUUUUUAAAUAUGAGACUGGCAAGAAUACUUCGACCCUCGAACACUCGUUGACAGUCAACAGUUUUAGAGAUGGUGGUGAUUAUGUUUGUCAGUUACUAUUAAUGUUGGAAAGUGAAGCAGAUAAUAUAACCAGUUCCAAAACAGUUGAAUUACAAAUAUUACCAUAUCUUAAUGGCCCAAUAGAAAAAGAAGUAAAGGAUACUGCUGGCAGUGAUGUUGAACUGCACUGUGAUGUGAUUGGCUAUCCAAUAACCUAUCAAUGGCUUGAUGAAAAGAAAUGUGCAAUUUCUUUUGAAAAGAGCUGCUCAGAUUCCCGUAUCAAACAAAAAGACAAUAUCUUGUAUAUAACUGAUAUUGACUACAAAGAUAGAAAAAAGUAUACAUGUGUGGGAAGAUCUGGAAAUAAUACGCUUGAACAAAUUAUCAUCCUGAGAGUACAAGAUCCACUGGCAGCCCUAUGGCCAUUCAUUGGCAUACUUAUUGAAGCAGUACUUGUGGCAGCCAUAAUUCUUGCAAGUGAAUAUUACAAGAAGCAUUCUCAAAGUAAGAAAGAUCGUUUGAGCGCCAAAAAGAGAGAAGCCACAGAACUGGCAACCACCUCUAGUACUUGAGAAGUUGCAUAAAACAGGAUCAGGCAAGUCAUCCAGCAGUGUCCACAAGUGUUUUGUAUUAAUUUAAUGACAGAGGGCAGUAGUUCGUAGCUUAGUGGAGUUUAAAAUUUUCCAUCAUUUUUCUCUCCGUGAAAUAUGUUGCAAAAAACACUAGCAAGACAUUUUCCACACUAAGCGUAUAUUGAAAUGUUUUAUUAAUAUUACAUACGUAAAAUACAAUUUGUGUUGAAUGUCUUUAAAUGAAAAAAUACUAUUAAAUAUCACCUUGUCAAUUUAAAUUAUAUAUUUGUAAAAUACCUAAAUAUAAAAUAAACUAAUUCCAAUAAGUUA